AUGCGCACCGCGUCGUUGCUCUUCGGUUUGGUGUGUCUCUGCCGUCUGGUUCACGCCGACGUGGUGGCGAGCAUGAGUCGCGGAAUCUUCUACGCAUUCGCGGACGGCCAGGUGGUGCUGAUCGACCCGACGAAAGGCAGCCCGCUAGCUUCAUUGCGCGCGUUCAAGGGGCCAUCAGGGCACGUGCCCUUCCCCAACAAGUGCCCCGGACACCCCUUUAGGGGCGAGUGGCGGAGCGUGGCGUUUGGCCCAGCGCAGCGCACGCUGCUGGCCGCGGCGAGCUACAGCACGACGGGCGCGCUUCGCCUGCCGGAACUCACGGACGCGCUCCACGUGUUCGACACGGUCGCAGCGGACGUCACGGCGCGAGUGCCGCUGAACAACACGCCGGACAGCGUCUACUUCGUUCCCCUCGCUAACGAGGUGUGGGUGCACGCGGCCGACGUGGCGGACCGCUAUUCCUUCUCCAUUCUGUCGGCGCAGCCGCCGUACGCGGAGGUGCACAGCCAGGGCAUCAACACCAUGCUCCCCGCGGGACGCGCGCGCCUGCUGCAGAGUCCCAAUCUGGGAACGCGCGGCUAUCUGACGACCUCGGGAUCAUCGGGGGUGUACACAGUCGACCUCGCGCGCCCCUCUACCGCGCCCGCGCUCUUCCUUUCCUUCCAAGAAGCUGCCGCCGUCUCACAGCGCGCCUGCCCCGGCGCGCUUUCCAGCGCGUAUGCGCGCGUGCUGCGCCACACAUUUGUCUCCUGCGCGCUUCCGCCCUCCGCCUCCCCCGUCUCCCCUGCUGACGGCGGAAUCGGGAUCGGCGUGAGCGAGGCCGGCGCGGGCGCACGGAAGGCGAGCGCGGGGGAAGGAUUGGCGGGAGCGGGGAAACUGGCGACGGUGCAGAUCGACGCGCGCACGAACCUGAUCGUGGGCGUCUGGCCGUUCGCUGGCGAGCUGUACAUGGCGCCGGACGAGAGCUUCCUCUUCGUGCUGGAUGCGACAAACAAGGCCAUCCACCUGCUGCAGCUGAGUGCCGUCCAGCCGCCGCCCUCGCAGCCCAACGGGCAGCCGCAGCCCACGCCGCGGCCGCGCCCCAACGUGACAGCGUGGCAGCCGCUGACGUUCAACGUCGACUACACGCCGCUCAGGAUGGUCUUCACUCCCAAGCCGCCGCACUACCUGGUGUACAUAAGUGUGGCGGAGGGCGGCGUGAUAGGGCGGCUGGACAUGCAGCAGCUGAUGCAGUGCGGCAGCGGGUGCUCGCAGGGCAACAUGCAGUCCUUCGUGCAGUUCGAGCAGCAGAUGGGCGAAAACUCACCCCCAAGAGGUGGGCUCGUGCUCUCGCGGCCCGUGGCAGCAGGUGGGGGCUAUGUGUGCCAGGUGGCGGCGUACGAUCGCAGCAUAGUAUGCUUGGAGGAGGCCACGGGCCAGAAGACGCCCUAUGCCAACAUCAGCGAUGUGCAGCACUUGAUAUUCGUCCCCGAGGGCGAGGGUAACUGCGUGGGGUACGCGGCGCGCGACGCGAGCGGGGAGCUGGCGCCGUGGAGGUUCCAUCGGCGGGAGGUGGGGCCCAGGGACGUGAAGAUCCGCAUCACUCACUGCGGCGUCUGCCACAGCGACGUGCACUUCACCCGCAACGACUGGGGCUACUCGCUGUACCCCAUGGUCCCCGGUCACGAGAUCGUGGAGGUGGUGGAGGAGGUGGGAGCGCAAGUGAGCAAGGUGGCAGUGGAGCAGCGGGUGGGCGUGAUGGGCAUAAUGGGGUCGUGCGGUGAGUGUGAGGCGUGCAGGCAGCACGAGGAGCAGUUCUGCGCCAACUGCCUCUUCACCUCCAACUCCGUGGACCCUCACUCGCCAUCUGGCGAGGCCACCUAUGGUGGCUACUCCUCCUUCAUCGUUUGCGAUGAACACUUCGUCCUCUCCAUUCCUGCUGAGCUGGCAUCUGACGUGGCAGCGCCCCUCCUGUGCGCUGGCACAACAGUCUACUCGCCCAUGAUGCAUUACGGUGCCAACAAGCCCGGCAUGCGCCUGGGGGUGGCGGGGCUGGGCGGGCUGGGCCACGUGGCAGUGCAGAUGGGGCGGGCGUUUGGCAUGCACGUCACUGUGCUGAGCAUACAGCCACACCAAGAGAGGGACGCCAGGGAGCUGUUUGGGGCGGACAGGUUCAUUCUCACCACGGAUGCUGCUGCCAUGCAGGCAGCAGCGGGCUCACUGGACGUGGUUAUCGACACGGUGCCGGUGCAGCAUGACCUGGGGCCCUACCUCGACCUCCUCACAUUCAACGGGAAGCUGCUCGUUCUCGGCAUUCCUGUAGCCCCCUUCACUCUCCACGCCAGCCAGCUUGUGUUUGGGCGCAAGAUGGUUGCAGGUGGGUUGAUUGGAGGAAUCAAGGAGACUCAAGAGAUGCUGGAGUUCUGUGCAAAGAAGGGUGUGGCGCCCAUAGUGGAGAGCCUUGAUAUCAAGGACAUCAACAAGGCACACGAACGUUUGCUGAAGGUAACAUAA